AUGCAUUUCUCCACUCUUUUGCUGCCUCUGGUAGCUUCUCUUGCCUCGGCCGCUCCGACGACCUCUAGCUCGGAUAAACCUACUGUGACCCUUGACUAUACCACCGUUCAAGCUGCAGCUGGUAACGAGACCCUGGGGUACUACAAGUACCAGAACAUUCGUUUUGCUGCCGUGCCUACCGGGGAUUUGCGAUUCGCCAAGCCUCAAUGGCCCUCCAAGGAGUCCGGAGUCAACAACGGCACGACCUAUGCUACGGCUGAUGUUGACUGUUCCUCGGAAGAGGACUGUCUGUACAUGGAUGUGUGGGCACCGGCUAAUGCCAAGGGCAAGAAACUGCCCGUCUUGGUCUGGACCUACGGCGGUGGUUUCACUGGUGGCUCCAAGUCUCAAAACACGCCCGAGGGUCUGUUCGACUUGUCUACUGAGUUUGUGUUUGUGGCCUUCAACUAUCGUCUCGGUAUUACUGGUAUUGCCAACUCUGUGACCGCCGUCCACCAGGGUGCUACCGACAACGUUGCCCUGUAUGAUGUCGAGCAUGCCUACAAAUGGGUGAAGAAGUAUAUUACCAAGUUCGGUGGAAACCCCGAUGACAUCACUGCGUUUGGCUUCUCCGCUGGUGCCAGUAUGCCACUUUUCCAGAUUACUCGCUAUGGUGGACACAGCGAGCAGCUCUUCAACAAGGCCUACAUCACCUCUCCCGGCUUCGUGCCCGGCGCGGGCCACCACCAGGGCGAGAUAUUCUGGCAAAACGUCUCGACUGCCGUUGGUUGCACUGGCGGUGAUCUGACUUGUAUGCGUGAUAUUGCCUUUGCCAACCUCACCGAUGCUGCCACCGAUGUCUACGACACUUACGGCUACCAAUUCCAGCCCCGCGUGGACGGCGACUUUGUUGCCGAUACCUACGAGUCGCAGCUCUACCAGGGCCGUUUCAACUGGGAUGGUCCGCUGGUUAUCACUCACGAAGAGCACGAGAACAACGGCUCGCCUACUUCCGGUGUUAACACUACUGCCGAUGUCGAGGCUGAGCUUCGCGCCUUCUUCCCGGCUAUCACGGAUGAUGUUGUUGCGGAGAUCAUGGAGGUCUUCCCCGAGUCUGACUAUACUAGCCCCGGCUACCGCUUCGCAGACAUGCGCCAGUCCUUUGAUCUUACUGCUCACAACUACGCGCUCACUCGUGCCCUGAGCAACAAUACCUGGAAUGCCAUGGUUGCCCUUGAGCAAGCUACUCACGGUACUGACCAGAGCUACUACUGGUAUAGUACUUACUCCCUCUCUUCCAGCAGCUCCAGCUCCGCUGCUUCCGGUGCUGGCGUUGCUAUCAGCAGCGCUUCCUCUGUCAGCUCGACCGUUGCUCGCAAGAUGCAAAAGUACCUCCUCUCCUUUGUCCUCACCGGCAACCCCAACACCAAGUGGGCCAGCGACAAGGUCUACUGGCCCAAGUAUGGCAGCAAUGCCACCGAGCUUGUCUUCAACUCCACCAUGUAUCUUCAGGAGGAUGACCUUGCCAAUGCUAAGAGCACUUACUGGAACAAGGCUCUCUGGUACUAA